AUGUCACCGUCUGCACUCCACGACGAGCUCACGUCAACUGUCCUCUCUGCCAUCGAGUCGCUCCCGCAGACGCGCAAAGCGAGCUUACUCCUCGAUCAGGCCCUGGCCUUGUUGGAAGCGGGGCGAUAUGGCGACGAAGUCGAGAGAUAUCUGGACGUGUUUCUGAGGACACCCGGAUUGCCGCAGGAUGCUGUUGCUCGGGCGCUUGUUGCUCGAGGCAAAGCUAGGAAAGAGGCCGGACAGCGGUUGCUUAUGAAGAGUGAGCAAGACUUCCAGCUUGCAGCAAAGAUCGACCCGUCGAUAAAGGACAUCCCAGUUCAUAUUCGGCGUGAUAGGCUUAUAUCCACAUCAAAUGUUCCUGUGCUAAGAAGGGUGCCCGCUGAAAUCUGGGAAAACAUCGCCGAGUUCAUUCCUCGAUAUUUUCUUCGCACUUGGCUCUUCGUCUCCUCGUUCUAUCGUGACAUCGCCGCUCGCGUGAUCUUCCGAACCGUGGAUCUAUACUUUGGUGAGGACCAAGAAGGUCAAAAUCGAGGCUUGGACAUCCUCGAUCGAGUCAAGGCGGAUCCCGUGUUUGCGAGGUACAUCAAGACGCUGAGGCUGCACUGGGCUCAUGAAGAGGGUGAACUGCUAGAUCUCAUAUGUCGACUGUUUCGCACAGCUCUUCCUGGGUUCAUUGCCCUCAAGGAAUUCGAAUGGAUCGGGUAUCCCGAAUUGCAGGCGGACAUGGUCGAGGCCAUAUUAAGCACCCACCCGCAUCUUGACAAACUAGGUCUGAUAGGAUGGCACUUUGACGCCGUCGGCGUCUCUCGUUUCAAGCAUCUACGUAAAUUCACACUCCGUGCAGAGGACGACGACGGAUUCGCGGACAUGGGCGAAGUGCGCACAGUGUUAGACAACAACGCGUCGACGCUGAGACACCUCGUGCUGGGCGCAUAUCUGAAACGGACACAUUCUUGGGACAGCGCGUUUCAGUCCACAACGAUCCAGAAUUUGACUCAGCUGGACCUGUUCGACACUCGGAUCUCGCAUGUCGUCCUCGCGCGCAUCGCGCAUGCGCACCGCUUGCAGAGCCUUACCUUGCACGGCACAUUCGAGCAACCAGGCGCGGCGUCGGUGGUAUUCGGGAGUGACCAUAUUAUCGAUGGCCAACAUACGUUCUUGCCGCAUCUGGAAGCAUUUCGGUUUGUUCUCGUCGGGCACGACGACAAUCUGGCAUUGUUCCAGUCGGUGAUGCAGUUCCUGAGGGGCCGAAAGGGUCUGAGGCGGCUGGACCUGGGAGGAUGCUCUUGGGAAUUGAUGCUGGGUGUUCUGCCUGAGCUGACAGGUUUGCGAGUGCUUCGAGUACGGAUAGCGAAUCUGACUUCAAAGUCAGUGGAGGGUCUGGUACAGAGCAUACCGCGAGAUAUGGUUGCGAUCCACCUGUCUGCCAUCGUUUGGGAUACACCUUUGCACUUCUUCGCGCAAUCAUUCCGCCGGUUCACGUCCCUGUCGAUACUCCACUUGCACGGGUCACACGUCCGCCGGCCUCAGCACAACCUGAUGUCGGAAAGAGAAUACCACAUCCAAUCCGAUAUAUGGAAUUCCGGGGCACGGCACAUCGCGAUCACGCUGCCUUCGUUACAUUUCGUUGGUUGGCACGGGGAGCAUUACGUGGUGGUGCGGUGGCCUGGGGACGUGGAACUGAAGGAGCUGCCGGUUCGGCGACGGCUGGAUUGUGGGAAGGGGGUGAAUUUGGGGACCGACGAUGCUGCAUGGAUGGAACGAAAGGAUGUUCCGAUGGACUAUGAGAUGUCUGGGAUAGAGGUAUGACCUUACGAGGUAGACCUACUGGAGUCAAACUUGCAUGUUUCCAGGAGGGUGUGUGGCUCUUGCCAAUGGCAGUGUCUGUUCG